GUGCCUUCUACGGAUUGUUCUUCCAGCUUGCCUUUUGAUAUGUGUGUGCCUGAAACAGAACGCAUUAUGCACUGUUUACCUGCUCAUUCUUCUAGUCAUACCUUUUAUACCGGUCCCCACUCAUGUUUCCAUGAGAAAACACAGCGGCUGGUUUUUAAAACUAGUAAUAGUGCUGAGCGUGAUUCUGCUGUUAGCUCAACUAGCCUUUCAAGUUGUGCUCCUCAUUAUGGUUCCAUAUGGAAGCAUCAUAGAAAAAAAUUGUCAAGGCUCAGAACCAAUAUUUCGUUAUAUAGGAUUCAUAAGACUGAACGGAUUAUCUUUAAGUCAGUUUAUUAUCAGGGUAUCACCUGAGUUCAUAAUGUUUUUUUCUUCUAUAACAAUUCAGGUUCUAUGUCAUAAAAUUAAUAAUGUCAAAGAUCUAGUUUUUGAUAAAUCGGAUCCAGAAGACUCAAUAACAACAGAUGAACGCACUAAUUCUAGUUUUUUCCAACGAAACAAAUAUACUUUCCUUACUGCAAUAGGUAAAUAUUUAUGUCUCCUACUUCUCUGUUUGGCUGGAAUCCUCCGACCAACUGUCAUCAAUGCUAUCUAUUUUUUAAUAUUUUUAUUUUGUGUAACAUGGUGGGCCUUCAACCGUGAAUCUAAAAAGCUGUUUGCUGUUUUAUGCCGAUUUUCUAUGCUGUGUAUAUUUGUACAGCUAUUAGCAGUAUAUUUUUAUCAAAUUCCUUGGUUCCAAGAACAAAUUCCAGUCGACACUCUCCUAGCCAAACUGACUGGAUUGUAUAUACUGGUUGUAACGGACUGUUCGGAUCCCAGAGUAUAUCAAAUUAGUACAUCGGAAGCAUGGCCCUCAUUUGCAUUACCCUUCGUCUUAGUCACUUUGUUUUAUAUUUUAUGGUUUGAAUCAUCGCUAUUACUCAGCAAAGAGUAUGAAUUAGAAUUACAGAAACUAGAGAAAGCAAAAAAAUAUAAACUCUCAGGAAAACCUGGAUCUUUACAUCGCAUUUCUACCAAUCGGUGGCGGUCAGCUACUCGAAAAGUGAGAAUCAAUAGUGAAGAUGAUUCAGAUGAGAGUUCUGAUAUUUCGGAUGCUGCCGAGGAUAUUGAGGUUCAUUUUAGGCCGCACACAAGCAGAGCUAUUGACAAUGAAAUCCCCACUGAACAUACUCCACUGAUACGAAACCAUGAAUCUAUCAGAUCUCGAUCCAGGUUGAGGCCAGAAAGUGCUGCUGCAUCUCACAACAAAGACGCAAUUAGUGAUGGGCAGCGAAGUGAUAUUGUCACAGAAGAUGCUUCAGAUGCUGAAGAAGAUAUGUCUCCGAGUAUGGCUGAGUAUUUGAUGGAUGCGCUAAUGACAAUAUCACAUUUUGUUACACGGACUUCCUACAUAGCUACAAAUAUCAUUAUGAUGUCUUGGAGCAUCAUGUUUCACAGCUGGCUCACGUUUGUUCUUUUAAUAUGGGCAAUCAUUUUGUGGAUGCUUCCCAACCAACGCAAAAUUAUGCUACGUUCCUCGCCAUUCCUCGUUCUGUAUGCUGAACUUCUUCUUCUGUCUCAAUACCUGUACGAAUUAGGUUUUCUAGAUUUGGAGCAUCUUGGACACGACAAUAUCAAGAACGCAGAUAAAAACUCUCCGGUCCCUGUGAAAAAUAUUUUAAUCAAAACUUUAUUUACUUCAAUGUUCCUCUUAACUCUACGACAAUACAUCGAAGAAAAGCGUGAAGCAAAGAAAGUGUCAGCAGUAGCAGGAAUGAUGGCGCCAUUACAAGACUUUGUAGUUGAAACUCAUUCAGCAAUGGAUCCUGGUGUGCAUACAAAAGGAAGUCAAGUGAUGAAGCAAGUGGGAGAGAGAAUUCGCUCAUUUUUAACGAAGUUUUGGAUCUGGGUUGUUGCGCAAAUUCUUUUUGCCAUUGGUAUAAUGGGAGACAGAAUGACAAUUUUUCGCAUCAUUUAUAUGGCUCUUGCCCUUGUUUUCAUUCUCACGUUCCAGCUAUCUUGGCACAUUUGGCGGAAAAUGAUGUAUGAAUUUUGGUUAACUGUCAUAAUUUAUUCAAUGAUCGUUCUCGUUUCUGUCUACACAUAUCAAUUUGAUCAUUUUAAAGAGUACUGGACAAAUAUUGGCAUCAGCCCUGAGUUGCAGUUAGAUAUCGGAUUAGAGUUGUUUGAUACAACUGAACUGUUCGUUCGGCUCCUGACUCCCACAUUUUUUGUCAUCAUAACUUGUAUACAGCUGUACUAUUUUCAUAAGGACUUUCUUGCCAUCUCAGAUAUCAAGAGCAGGGGCACAAGCAUCGCUCGAGACCGAUCAAGAUCCGUUGCCUCUCGCUCAAGAUCUGAUGCAGAAGACUCAAAAUUCUCUGACAGAACAUCCUCUGCUGAACCACAUGUCACAGACAUGGAACAAGAAGAAGAUGAAAACAAAGACUCUACCCCUAGAUUCAACCUUUUGAAAAAUGGUUUGAUGAAUCUUCAGUGGCGAUUCCUAUGGGACAAUAUCAAGUCAAUGUUACUUCAGUUCAUUGAAUUGUUUUGGCUGUAUCUAGAGCUCCACAUGAUCAAAAUCAUCUUGUUGUCUGUCAUGUUCCUGGCUGUCUUUGAUGCCUGUGCUUUACAUCUUGUGUUUGUCCUCCUGGCCGUUAUUGCAACUGUUUUAACUCGGAAGAUUCAAGUGUUAAUCAUUCAUAUAAUGACUAUUAUAAUUGCCGUUUUCUUACUUCUGAAGAUGAUCUAUCAAAUCCAGUAUAUUUCUCACGACACGUGGAACAUCAACUGUACAACGCGAGAAGGAAACCUUACAAUGUAUAACUCUGCUGAAUUACUAGGCUUCUAUAAAACAAAUUCCACUAGAAAACUACCCACUCUUCUCAAAGGCUACAUUUGCAUAAUAAUAAUUACCACUCUUUUCACUGUCGUAAUGAUUCGACAGAAGUACCAAAGACACUUGAAAGGUCGUCCCUUAUCACGGCCUUUUAAUCUGUUUCCGAGAAUCACAUACAGAGAUGCAGAUCGUAACUUAACAUGUUUUAUCAAGUAUCUACUGAAUUUUUUCUUCUAUCGUUUUGGUGUAGAGGUGACAUUGAUCUCAAUAGUACUUGUUGUCUCUAAUAGGAUGGAUAUAUAUGCUUUAAUCUAUUCAGUUUGGCUCAUAAUUUUUGUAUCACUUAAGCAAGAUACUCGCAAAACUGUUUGGUUGUGUUUCAUCAUUUUCAUGGUGUUUUUGAUUCCACUGCAAUACACUUUAGUUGUGGCUUUACCUCCAUAUCAGUGCUUUGGUUUUCCAUGGUGCAACAUUGAUUCCACCUUAUUGCACAAUCUACGAGUCUGGUUAUUCUUAGCCGAUGAAUCUCGUAAUACCAAAAAAGUUUCCAGAGUCUUAUGUGAUUUUAUUUUAUUAUUGAUUGCCUCCCGCCAGGCUGUCGUGUUUCGGAUCGAAAAACGACAUCAAGGCCUUGAUUAUGUUGGCGGCAGCAACGAAUCUAUCAUUCAUCUAAUUGACGAACCAAACUUCCAAAAUCCUACCCCAGAUUUCAUCUCCUCUGCACGAGGAUGGCUUGACAUUGGAAAAAGAAUUUUUGUUCAAGGAUUCCUUUGGCUCACUUUAGCGUUUAUAUUUUUAACGGGUACCCAUCGAAUCACGUUCUUCUCUUUAGGUUAUUUGAUUGGUGCUUUCAUUUUCCUAUGGCUUGGAAAUGACCUCUACCUGAGGCCAAUCAGAAUAAUCCUGAAAUGGUGGGACUACCUAAUCUUAUACAACGUUUUAGUCAUUUUAUCGAAAACCUUGCUUCAAAUUCCUGCUUGUUUAUUCAUCAAAGUCAUGCAAGAAAAGUUUUGUUGGUUGACUCAGCUCCUAGAAAUAUCUUGUAUCAAUAAACUACAAUCAGAUUUUGAAUUCAAAGUUGGACCAGGUAUCGGAGAUCUCAAAUCAGACGCGGUUAAUUAUGAAGGACUAGCUUGGGAUGGAUUCACGUUCUUGUUACUUAUCAUUCAACGCAGGUUAUUCAACAGUUAUUAUUUCUUCCAUGUCAUUGAUGAGACCAAAGCAAUGGCCAUUUUGGCUUCAAGAGGGGCAGAGUUAAUCGAAGAAUUGAGUCAAAAACAAAUUCAAGAACAACAAGAAACUGAGCGAAAAAUCUUAGAGAAAAUUAAGUAUAAAAUGGAUCGCAUCAAAGCAUCACAGAAACGAAUCCAAGGUCCUAAUUACAAAGAACCUGCAACUCAUUACCUGGGUAACCAGGGUGCUAUUGAAGCUCAAGCUCCACUGGCGCAUGAUUCAUCUCCUGAAAUAUCAUCAGCUACCUCUCCUCAAGGUUUUUACACACCGGUUGAAGAAGGAACCCCUGCUGCAACGCGACCCAAUUCGUAUCUUCAGGCUCCCACUCCUACUUCCGCCAUAAUGACUGUUUCUCUUGAUCAUUAUCUUGAUCCUCAACGAAUCUCCUUUGGCUCCCCGCCAAACUCAGAAUUUCAUCCGAGACGCACAUCAUUCGAUGAUUCCCUGUCUGUUUUUUCUCCACCGCCCUCUGGUGCGACCAUAUCCCAUCAUCGUAGGCAAUCAAGUCUUGGAGUUGGACCUCCUUGGCUUCAAAAUCAUCUUGCAAGAUCUCCCAGAUGCUCUUUUUCAGUUUCCUCUCAUCAUACAUCUAUUCGAUCAGGCGAUUAUUACAUGUUUGAUGACGUUGAUGAAGAGUUGGAUUUAAUAUCAGAAGGAAAAAGUGAAUCCAAGGAAUCUUUUUAUGGCGAAGGCAAACCAACAGAACCUACAGUUUCAGAGCUACUAACUGCUGUCAUGAAGACGGAUAUUCAAAAAACUGUGGCUGAGCAAGAAAAAAUUCGUAAAAAAACCAUUUCUGACACCACAAAAGAGAGGAAGAUGUGGCUUCAGCGCUCUUCGUCUGAUAAGGCCUCCUUACCUUCCAGAAGACAUUCUGUUCCUCUCAUGUCCACUGCAUCUCCAUCUGACUCCGAUGAAAAAGUUGCAUGGAGAAGUUUAACCUCUUUAGCCAAAUGCAGUAAAUCUGCAUCCCAUGAUUCUAAACCGCCCUCCGGUUCAUACAAUACCUCCCCAAGCUCAGAAGAGGUCUUCAGUUGCUCACCAUGUGAUUCAGAAAUGAUAAAGUCUACAGAGCCCGAGUGUAAAAUUGGUGGUAUUGAAUGUUUAGCUGAGAAGAAAAAGAAAUCCACAGUUGAUAAACCAGAUUCAAGAAGUAAAAAACCAACUACUUUCACUGUCACAGCAGAUAUUGAAAGACAUCCACAGUUUGAUGAAGAACCACAACCUAGCACUUCAAAAGGUACAACUAGUCAUCACAGAAGAGGACCAAAAAUCUUUUUACGAAAGAAACAAAAAAGCAGUCCCCCUGAGCCGUCUAAAGAUCCUCCGGAUGAAGAUGAAACCAGUAAAAGUUUAUCCUCCGAUGGGGACAAGCAAACUUGUGGGCAAAAAUUAAUCUUGUAUCUGAAAUUCGUGUGGCACUUCAUCAACAGUGUUAUGGUUUCCUUAACUAAAUGGCUGAAUAAAUUCUCCCGAGAUUAUCGAUACGUCAUUCGAACUUUGUCUGUCGAGAAAAAAUUAUUGAAGGAAAAGAAAAAUUUUGGCAUUGGUGUCAGAACUGGCAAGUACACAAUGUGGCAACCACUGGCAAUUGAUGUAGUUCCAAAAUCAUCUUAUUCGCCAGCGCAGGUUGAAGAACUUGAGAACAAACGAGAAAUGAGUGCAGCUGAUCAACCUCCUAUUGUACGAUUAAUUUUGGCACUUUGGUUUGCUGGAAUCUCUCACUCAGAAUUAGUGUGUUAUUUCAUGAUUUUCAUACACCACAUUGAAUCAGCAACAAUUCUGUCUCUUCCUCUACCGCUUAUGGUUUUUCUAUGGGGCACCCUAACUGUACCAAGACCCACCAAAACAUUUUGGGUCACAAUCAUCGCUUACACAGAGGUGAUGAUAGUGAUCAAAAGUGUUUUUCAGUUGGAAUUAAUUCCUUGGAACCAAGGUGUAGUACCAGAAAAUCUUCCUUUUUAUGCGCCAAGAAUUAUCGGCAUUGAGCGCCAAAUCAACUUCGCCACUUAUGAUCUGUUUCUCUUACUAGUUGUCUUCUUUCAUAGGUGGAUGUUAAAAUCAUUGGGCUUGUGGACAAGUACAAUGGACAUCAAGAAAGUAUACGAUGAAAUCGACAAAAAUGAUAAUAAACCUGUUAAUUUAGAGGAAUCCAAACAAAAGUCUCAACAAACGCCAGCCUUACUAGAUGUCCCAUGUAACACUCAAACUUUUGAGGUGGCAACUAUUGACACUGAUGGAAAAAAUUACGCUCUCCUGGAAGCGGAGGACAAACUGGCCAAAGCUAGAAUCAUAAUUCUGAAGCAUACUUUUGCUGAUCCAUGCAUGUUGUACCCAAAGAUUAUUUACUUAUCUCUAAAAAAGCACCUAAGUCCUAUGAAAAUAUUCUUCCAACAACUUCUCACUUCAAGUUUGCGAGUCACUGCCGAUGUUUACACCCUCAUGUUCUUCUGUGAUUUCUUUAAUCUUUUAGUAGUCAUUUUUGGGGUUGCCUCUUUUGGGUCUCAACUUGGUGAUGGUGGGAUUUCGCAGUAUUUCCAAGAAAACAAGAUCCCAUUUGCAUUUUUAGUAAUGCUUAUCAUUCAGUUCGGUUUGAUCAUUGUUGAUCGAACAUUAUAUCUGCGCAAGUACAUCUUUGGUAAAAUCAUUUUCCAAUAUUUCCUGAUAAUCGGGGUGCAUGUAUGGAUGUUUUUCAUUCUACCAGCUGUAACUGAGAGAAAAUUUAAUGCUACUCUUCCGCCUCAAAUGUGGUACCUCGUUAAAUGUUUGUAUUUACUUCUCUCCGCCUACCAAAUACGAAGUGGUUAUCCAACUAGGAUUCUUGGAAACUGUCUUUGCAAAAAUUACAACAUAUUAAACUUAAUCCUGUUCAAGAUAUUUAUGUUAAUUCCAUUCGUCUUUGAAUUAAGAGCACUAAUGGAUUGGGUCUGGACAGAUACCUCAAUGUCUCUCAAUGACUGGUUGACACUUGAAGACAUUUUUGCGCAUAUUUUCCAACUGAAGUGUUUACGACGACUUGAAGCUGAGUAUCCCUCACCGAGGGGUGCCAAAACAUCUGCGUUUACCAAAUAUCUUGUAGGAGGUGGAUGUUUGGUGGCUUUAAUCGCUGUGAUUUGGUUUCCUUUGGUCUUGUUUUCUCUUGGUAACACUGUUGGUGAACCUAAUCUCCCGUAUGAGUUUAAGAUGGACAUCCGUAUCGGCUCCUUUGAACCUAUUUACUCCAUGUCUGCUCAAAGUGGAUCAAUUGUGAAAUUUACUCCGCAAGACUGGACGAAAAUGGCAAGUGUUUACAAGAAAUCUCGAGCAGCGCAGAACUUCCUUUCCAACUAUGACUGGGAAGAUGUGGGGGUGGUGAAGUUGAGUGUGAACUCUGCUUCCCUGUGGACAAUUUCACCACCCGGAAAGCAGUCAAUGAUUGAACAGCUCACAGGGAAGGAUGAUUCUGUCGAUAUCAAACUCACUUGGACUAUUCAGCGCCUCAGCACAGAUCCCGAACACCCAAGCACUGUGUCAGGGAAACAAGACGUGCAGUUAGACAAAAUAAUGCGAAUUAACAUUACCAAGAUGCUUGAAAACCAAGAAAAAGCAGUAGAUAUCCCUGAAAUAUUACCAAAAUUUAUAAAAAUCACUGGGCCUGGAAGCACCUAUCCUGUCAACCAACUGAUGAUGAAUGAAGAUCGCAGAGAAAAUGUCCCAGAGAAAAAUUAUGUAGAUAUAACCUUACAGUUACAUUCUUGGCCUCCUGAUAACUCUACCAAUUUUUCCUGGAGUGCAUCUGAGGACUGCUCUAUUUUACCUGAUGCAAUUUUUCUCAAUGACAUACCUCUCAACUCUUGCCCAAAUUCAGCCAAUGCGACGAUCACAUUGUACACCUUCAACGACAAAGCAUUUCCAGCUACUCUUAAUCUCAUCAGCGGAAAAGGUAUCAUUGGGUUGUAUACGACUUUUGUCAUCGUUGUUCAUACGUUCGUUAGAGGCUUUUUCACUGGAAUCUCAUUCAAAAUCAUGUUUGAUGACGUUCCCAAUGUUGACAGGAUUCUCCAGCUUUGUUUAGACAUUUAUUUAGUACGGGAAAGUGGUGAGCUUGACCUGGAGGAAGAUCUGUUUGCAAAAUUAGUUUUCCUCUAUCGAUCUCCAGAAACAUUGAUCAAAUGGACGAGACCCCCCGAGGAAGUUCCACCUGAAGAGGAUCCAGAGAAGUUGCCUCAAUUGUCGCACUAAAACCAAAGUCAUGUCUCGAGACUCAAAGAUGGAUAAAGUCUGAAUGAUUAAGGUAAUUUAAGUCAUCUAAUUUUAAAGUUCCUGUUACUGAACGGACCAAGUUCAGUUGUCAUGAAAGAUUUGUCCUUUAGAUUUCUUGUAAGAACAAUGAAGUGUCCAUUUGUGUUUAAGCUAUUUAAUUCUGUCACCAACCUCUAAUGAUGGAGGUCUAAAAAUCUCUAUGGAGGAAUAUACUACCCUCUUGAUUAAGUACGAUAUUUAUUGUGCAGUUCUCGCUCAUUUUUUUAAAAUAGUAACUUCAUCGAUAAAUUUUAAAAAUAACAUUCAAUUUUUUUCAAAGCGAGGAAGAAAUUCCAACUACAUGUAGUAAUUCAAAACUUAACUUGAUUUAUAUUGCUCUUACUUAUCCAUCAAUUAAGACCUGAAAUUUACUCAUAUCUGAUUACUGGAUCAGCUAUCUCAAAAUUGUCUCUACAACCUUAACGUAUAAUGAUAAGCAGGUACUCAGGUGACAAAUGAUGGAAACAAAUUAAACUGCAUCAGUGCCCAUCUUUUGUAAAUCUUUACCAUCAUUUACCUGCAUUCUCUACCACUUUUUCUUUUUCCAUACCUGCCCACAGAAAAAAGUUAGCAAAUACAAUUUAUUGCUCUUUAAAUGCUUGCAUCAAGUCAAAGGUAUCCUCAAGAUCCCAAAACUAAAUUCGAACUCUUAGUAUCCGACAAUGGUAAGCAUUUUUCAGUCUUUGCAAAAUCCAUAUCGUACCUUUCACGCUUUUAUUAUCUUUUCAAAUUUUAAAAAUUUUAAUAAGUUAUAUUAUUGAUCAAUUUUUAGCUGUUUUAGUUUUUUUAUCAGGAAUAAUCUAGAUAACAAUUCUCUCGCAUGUUUAUUCAUUACAAGCACAAAGAUUAAGAGGAAUGUAAGCCUUUUCUUCUUCAUAUCAAAUUUGCAUUUCUAAUAAAGAAUAUUUAACUAAAAUCCUUAUCCACAAAACACACAAAAUUUGAAUUUUCUGCAUAUUGGAGGGUGCAAAAUGGUAAUCCCUCUCUUUGGGUCUUUUUGUAUUGUAUUGAAAGAAAAUCUUAUUUUCUGUAGAGAGUGUAUUUUCCUCUUAAGUAUCCUUAUCAAUUGAAAAUUUUAGCCUUUUUUAUUUUUAUGCCAUUAUGAUCAGACUUGGUAUCUUUCUGAUUUACCUACUUAUGCACCAAAAUUAUUGUAUUAAUGAUGUUCAUAGUGAAGAUCAAUUAGAAGUUAGAUGAAUCUGAACUUGCAAUUCGUUGUAAUGGUAUGUACUUAUGCUGUUUGCUUUUACACAUAAGUCCAACUCUAACUUGUGAAAGAUUGGAAGGUCAUCUAUCGCAAUGCAAGGAUUGAUUACUUUUUACCCAAGCAAAUUUUUUAGGAUGUGAAAUUAUUAAU